GCAUUUUGAAUAGUAUACUUUGUCUCCUCUCCAAUUCUCUUUAAAUUUAGAACACCCUUUGAAAAUCUUCAUGAGAACAUGUUUGCUAUGAAGUGAUCAUAUCCGGUGGCGGUUUGGUCACUUUCCGGCAUAAUCUAGCCACCACCACAUCUUCCUAAUUCCCUAAGUGGAGAAGCAUAUAGUAUCUAAGUAUAUUAUAGAAUUGUGCUUUACAGUAUCAGUACCAGCAUAUCAACCAAACACCCUUUUUGUUCCAAUAUAUAAUAUCAUCUUGUGUUUUCAUUCAACACUCAUCAACAAUAUACACAUCACAUAUACAACAAAGAGAGUGGAAAAUGGUUAAAUUCUCUAAGCAAUUUGAGGGACAACUUAUUCCAGAAUGGAAAGAAGCUUUUGUUGAUUAUUGGAAACUUAAGAAGGAUCUUAAAAAAAUCCAAGUUCUUAACAAUAUUAACACUACACCAAACAAUCAUCAAAUUAGUUUAGUAGUGAAAUCACCCUUUUCAUUACUAACAAAGUUCUCUUUAUUUUGCCAUCAACAAAGAGACCAUGAACCAAUUCAAGUUCAUAGGAAACUUGUUUCAUCAACAAGUAAAGGUGAUAUGUAUGAGACACAAUUGCUAGAUGAAUUUGCUGACACUGAUGCUACUAAAGAAUUUUUUGCAUGUUUAGACCAAAAUCUCAAUAAGGUAAAUACAUUCUAUAGGACAAAGGAGAAAGAGUUUCUAGAUAGAGGAGAGUCCUUGAAGAAACAAAUGGAUAUUCUUAUUGAGCUCAAAUCUGCUUUCAUUGAGAAGAAAGGUAAAGGGAAAUCUUCUCAACUCUCCAAAGAGGAAGAAUCUAUCUCAUCAUUCUAUAAUAGUGAGGAUGACUCUGUUAGGAGCAGAGAACAAAUAGAGGAUUUGGAGAAAAUAGAAGAGGACUUUACUCAAUCAAAUGAAGAGGAGAAAUCAGUAAAUUUGAAAUGGGAAGAUGGUAAAUUGAAGACAUUAUCUGGCCAUAUUGUUAGGUCCCAAGGAAAAAAUGUGAGGAUAAACAUUCCUUUGACAACUCCAUCACAAACCUUAUCAGAAAUUAGUUAUCUUGUAAUGGAAGAUUUGUUCAACCAAUCUUCAAGGAAAUUUAAUCCAGAAGGUGGUGUUCUUCAUCUUAACAAAACAAGGUUACAUCAUGCAGAAAAGAUGAUCAAAAAGGGUUUCAUUGAGCUCUAUAAGGGCCUUGGAUAUUUGAAUGAUUAUAGGAAUUUGAACCUGCUUGCAUUUAUAAAGAUUCUGAAGAAAUUUGACAAGGUCACAGAAAAGCAAAUUCUUCCAAUCUAUCUCAAAGUUGUUGAGAGUUCAUAUUUCAACAAUUCAGACAAGGUGGUGAAGUUAAUGGAUGAAGUGGAGGAAUUAUUUGUCAAAAACUUUGCUCAAGAUGAUCAUAGAAAGGCAAUGAAAUACCUUAGACCAAUUCAUCCUAGGAAAGAAUCACAUGCAUUACCUUUCUUCAUUGGACUAUUUACUGGAUGCUUUUUGGCACUUUUUUGUGGAUAUGUUUUAAUGGCUCAUCUUACUGGACUAUACAAAAGACACCAAAAUUCAAUCUACAUGGAAACUGUCUUCCCUGUGCUUAGUGUGUUUAGUCUCAUAUUUCUACAUUUCUUCCUCUAUGGCUGCAACAUUUAUGCAUGGAGAAAGACUCGUAUAAACUAUAGAUUUAUUUUCGAGAUAGUUCCAACAAAGGAACUAAAGUACAAAGAUGUCUUCUUGAUUUGUACAAUGUCUAUGACUUCUGUGGUUGGAGUCUUACUUUUUCAUUUGACUCUACUCACAAAAGGGUAUUCCUAUGCACAAGUUCAAUUCCUUCUUGGCCUACUUUUUCUGGCCUUCUUACUAUUACUUAUAUGCCCUUUCAACAUUAUAUAUCGGUCAAGCCGGUACAACUUCAUUUGUGUAAUAAGGAACAUAGUUUGGUCACCCCUUUACAAGGUUGUCAUGCUGGACUUUUUUAUGGCUGAUCAACUUUGCAGUCAGGUUCCAAUGCUAAGGACCCUAGAGUUUAUGGCAUGUUACUAUGUAACUGGGAGCUACAAGACUCAAGACUAUGGAUACUGCAUGAGGGUAAAACUCUAUAGAGAUCUUUUUUAUGCAGUGUCCUUUCUUCCAUAUUAUUGGAGAGCAAUGCAGUGUGCAAGGAGAUGGUUUGAUGAAGGGGAAACAAGUCACCUUAUCAAUCUAGGCAAAUAUGUUUCAGCUAUGUUAGCUGCAGGUGCUAAAGUUGCUUAUGAAAAAGAUAAAAGUGUUGGAUGGUUAUGUGUUGUUGUGAUCAUGUCAAGUGUAGCAACUUUGUAUCAAUUGUAUUGGGACUUUGUAAAAGAUUGGGGUUUGCUCCAAAUGAACUCUAAGAAUCCUUGGCUAAGGAAUGAAUUAGUGCUAAGAAGAAAAGCUAGUUACUACUUCUCCAUGGUGUUAAAUAUUACUCUGAGGCUUGCUUGGUUGCAAACUGUCCUCCAUUCAAGUUUUGAAAAUGUUGACUAUAGAGUAACAAGCUUAUUUCUAGCAGCACUUGAAGUUAUUAGAAGAGGACUAUGGAAUUUCUUCAGAUUGGAGAAUGAGCAUCUAAAUAAUGCAGGCAAGUUUAGGGCAGUGAAGACAGUGCCUCUUCCUUUUCAUGAAGUGGAAGAUGAAGAAGAAGACUAAUAAUAAUAAUAAUAAUGCCAAUUGGCAUAUUUUGCAUUGAUGAGGAGUAUAUAUAGAUUAAUUAAUUAUCCUCAUUCAAGUUGAUGUAACAUUGAUCAACUUGAUUAUUUUUUUCAGUGGAUUUGUAGGAAUAUAUCAUCAUCCACAUAUGUAUGUAUACACAAUUUUCAUUAACAAUAAAUAAAUAAAUAAAUAUUUAAUGAGAAAGUGCAAUGUUACUAAAUAUCUUAGCAUAUACUUCUACCUUGUCUUGUAUUGUACUUUAUUUCCUAUACUUACCACAUUAUGUAAAAUUUACAAAUACAGAGUAAA